GGGGGUCUCUUUCUAUUGCUUGUGGUAUCCAACUACUUCAUUGCCUGCUUUCUCAAGUUUUCUUAUAUUCUUUUUCUUCUUGGUGAUCCAAGAAAGCUUUGAUUCUUAAGUUUUAUGAAUAAAAAUAAUUUACAGUGAAAAGAUAUUCAGUACUAUUCAGCAACAGUUUUGGUCUGCUCUCUCAUUUGAUGUGUUUUAUUAAAGCUUGGCUUCUCUCUCAUUAUUACUACUAAAUCCUCGAAGAGCAAAUCACAGACAACUUAAGAGUCAUGGGUUCCAACAUUCUCAGGAAUUUGGCACUAUUCUUCUUACUCUUCUCAGGUUCAAGUUUUGCAGAGAAACCUCCUAUACAAGAAGAAAAUCAACAAGACAUACCUCUGCAGAGUGAAGAAGACAGAAAGAUCUUCUCUCCUUCAGUACAUUUCACUCAGUUGGAUGACGUCCCCAUUGUAAACCCAGCGACAACGCCAGGAGAAGUUCAAACUCCAAUAGUAAACCCAACUACGUCGCCACAGACGGUACCGAACUCAGUAAACCCUAAUAUGAUGACUCCCACCACGGGGCCUGGGAACUCUGGUGGAGGUUCAUGGUGUAUUGCAAGCUCUGCUGCUUCCCCAACUGCUCUACAGGUGGCUCUUGACUACGCCUGUGGCUAUGGCGGUGCCGACUGUUCGGCGAUUCAGCCAGGUGGGAGCUGCUAUGACCCCAACACCGUGAAGGACCAUGCUUCUUAUGCCUUCAAUGACUAUUACCAGAGGAAUCCAGCUGCUACUAGCUGUGUUUUUGGAGGAACAGCUCAACUGGUUAGCACAGACCCAAGUAAUGGUAACUGUCACUUUGCAACAUCCAGAGCUGUACCAAGCCCCCCUCCACCGGCAGUUCCAAACCCAACACCACCGCCGCCUGUAAUCCCAACACCAACACCGCCCAUCACCACAAUACCAACCAUGACACCGCCAGCUCCCACGAACCCAACGUUUACGCCCACAGAUCCAUCGAUGUAUGGUGCAGAACCAUCAGGCAUGCCCAGCUCAGCCACUUCAAUAUCAAAACGAUCACUGCUGCUUUUGGCCAUGACUUACCUUUUGGGUUCGCUUGUGGCAGAUCAUCUGUAAGAAGAAGGAAUCUCAUUUCUUCUCUCCACAGAGAGAUGGCAAUCGCUUAUUUGCUGCACAUUUUUGCAUUGUUAGACAUCAAUAUGAUAAAAGGAAAGAUUAUAUA